CUUCAAACUUGCGGAGAAAACAUGCCUAACUUUGAAUCACUCAACCGUCUCAAGAUUGUAAAUAUGAUACUACAUGAAGUAUUAAGAUUAUAUCCGCCUGUCAUCGCACAAAUUCGACACACAGAAAAGAAGACAAAAUUAGGAGACAUGAUAUUACCGGCCGGAGUUCAUGUUUUGAUACCGACUUUACAAGUUCAUCAUGACGAAGAAUUUUGGGGGGAAGAUGCUGAAGAGUUUAAUCCAGAGAGGUUUAAAGAAGGAGUUUCCAAGGCAUCAAAGGGUGAAAAUGCAUACUUUCCAUUUGGUUGGGGUCCAAGGCAUUGUUUAGGGCAAGCAUUUGUAAUGAUACAAGCAAAGUUAGGGUUGGCAAUGGUGCUUCAAAAUUUCUCUUUUGAGCUUUCACCUUCUUAUGCUCAUGCUCCUUCAGUUAGCAUCACUCUUCAGCCUCAGUUUGGAGCUCAUAUUAUUCUUCGUCGACUUUAA